AUGGCUCCCUCAUUCAUUCGCGUUGCCCCCUUGGCCCGAAGGUCCCUGCAGUCUAUUCGUGUGACAGCUUCGCCCAGCUUCACUAAAAGUUGUCUCUUGUACAACGGAAUGGAUUCUCGUUCAUUUUCAACUACUCUUCCCGGUCGUGCUAGCAUGGCGCCGGUGUUCUCCCCAGACGGAGUCAAGCCCAUCGGUCCUUAUUCACAGGCCAUCAAGGCCAACGGACUCGUCUUUGUCUCGGGCCAGAUUCCCGCUGAGACCACUGGAGCUCUCAUCGAGGGGACUGUGGCUGAGAAGACACAUAAGAUGUGCCAGAACGCGCGGGCGGUUUUAGAAGCAGCGGGUUCUAGCCUUGAAAAAGUCGUUAAAAUAACAGUCUUCUUCCAAAAUAUGGAUGACUUCAAGGAAAUGAACGAAGUUUACGCUACGUACUUUCCUCACAAGCCAGCAAGGAGUUCAUGCGAAGCUGUGAGGCUGCCUGCUGGAGCGAGCAUUGAGAUGGAUAUCAUUGCAUUAGAGUAG